AUGGAUAUUACCAAGUACGCAGCAAAGCCUGAGAGCUACGACAGGCUUUCUACCGCCCAGAUAAGGAAUUUCUUUCAAAAGCAUGAAGCCAUCACCAAAGAUGACUGCGACAGCAUUGCAUCCAUGCUAUUAGAUAGCCCCGUCUCAUCAACACCGGUGCAGGGUGCGACGAGCUAUACUCUGGAAGCUGAUCGUGUACCCAAGGUCGUUUAUCGAACCUACAAGCUGAGACCAAAGGUCUUAGAGCUGGCAAGACAAUCAUAUGGAGGGUUUGUCCCUGGCUUCGUAGAGCACGGCAUGUUUGGCCCCGCCCAUGUGUAUGAAUGGGAUCUCGUCCGCGGACAGGCUUUCUGUCGAGUCCGGCGUCGGUUUCUCGCGCCUGGGAUGGAGAUCCUUCUGCAGCGGACUGUAGAGGAUUUUGAAGCGUGGAACAACCAGCCAGUAACAGUAAUUGAAGCACCCCCAAACUUGCUCGACGAAUAUAACCAGACGCUCGAUACGAUUUCACAGACCACACCGCAGCGAUUUCUCCCAAAGAUAGACGAGAUCCGUGGUGCGCUUCCCCUCCUCUUCCGCCACGAGUACCCCAUGGUCGUUCAGCACGACGACCUGUUGGAAAACAACAUCCAUGUAGACGAGCACACAGGCGGGAUCACGGGCAUUGUCGAUUGGCAAGAUGCCAUUAUCGCUCCAUUCGGCGUCUCGCUCGCUAGUCUUGAGGUCGUACUGGGCGUCCAAACGUGGAGCACAUGGCACCUCCAUCACGACCAUAUUCGCCUCAGGGAACGGUUCUGGGAUGCGUUCUAUGGGGAGGUUGGGUAG